UAUGAAAAAUAAAGUCUUAUCCGCACAAAAUUUGUAUUGUCUCGCCUCUCCCAUUCAGAAAUGAAUCUUCCCCAUCUUCAUCCAAUCCCACAUUGCUCAUUCAAUGUCUCCUAUUCUUCUUUACCCCCAUCUUCACAGUCCUUGAGGAAGAACAUUACUUCUUUCACAAUCUCAGCAACUUCAAGACCAAUUGUGUCCAGACAAAUCCCAGCACGAGACAGAAUCAUAGAUUUCGGUAAACACAAAGGUAAAAUGCUUGGAACACUUCCAUCCAAAUACCUUAAAUGGGUGACAAAGAAUCUCCGUGCACGUGACUUUGAAGAGUGGGCCCAACUUGCUGACCAAGUGUUAUCUGACCCUAUUUAUAACGACAGAAUUGAAUGGGAAUUUGCACAAAAUCUCCUCAACGGUGACGUGUCACCAGGAACAAAGAAUAAUGCGGUUUCUGAGUUGUUGGAAAUUAGUACAAGAUUUGGUUGGGAUAAUGAAGAUAAGUUGGGUUGGAGUAAAAUUGAUUUUGAAUUGCUUGGAACAUCAAAGGGUGGUCGAAUACCAAGGCUAAUAAUGGAUUCGCACAAUAAGAAGAGUACGGGUCCAAUUGCAUUCGAUACAAAAGAAGAAAGUGAAAAAGAUAAUAGGGAGAGGAGAAGGGAAAGGGUAAGGUUACAGAGGAGAAAGAGUGAUCCAAAUGUCACAGAUAGAAGAGGAAAUGUUGAUAAUUAUAAUGUCAAGAAAGAGCAAUUUGUAACGGAAAGUGGCAAUCGUUUUCCAGGUCGUGAAGCAUUGUUGAAGAAAGCUUUGUCUCUUGGUAGCAGGAAAUCGUUUUAG